AUGUCGCCAGCGACUAGCCUUCUGCGACACGCCGCGCGUCCCGUGGUCGCUCGGUCGCUGGAUGCCACGUCAGCAUUGCGUGGCAUCGCCAGCGCCAUCGUAAUGGGUCCGGGGAAUGUUCCUGGGGAAGGGGGAGCGGCGAGAGGCGCAGCGCCUACGACAGCAGCGCCUGAAGCGUCCGCGCGUGUAGCCUCCGCGCCGUUGGCGGAAGGGGAAAACUUCAAGGUGCUCUUCUGUGGAGACGAGUUCCCCGAAGCCUACACCUACUCCGCCGAGCUGCUACACAAAGAGCCCAACAUGGAAGUUUCCUGGCACCCACGGGCCGAAAUCCCGCGGCAAAUCAGGGACUGCCACGUCGUCGUGCCGCGGAUGACCCGGCUGGACGCGGGAACCAUCGCGGAAGCUUCCAAGCUGCGGCUGAUAGUGCAGUUUGGGGUGGGGCUGGAGGGGGUGGAUGUGGCAGCAGCGACGGCGAGGGGGAUCAGGGUGGGGCGAAUUCCGAGUGCUGAUACGGGGAAUGCUGUGUCCUGUGCCGAGCAUGCCAUCUAUCUUGCCCUGGCGCUCCUCAGAAAGCAGAAAGCAGAAGCGCAUGCAGGAGUCCAUUCAGCAGCGGCGCCUGGGGCAGCCCAUCGCCCACUCGCAUUCCCCCUUCUCCCCUCCUCCCUUCAUACCCCUCGCCCUCCUCCCUUCAUACCCCUCGCCCUCCUCCCUUCAUACCCCUCGCUCUCCUCCCUUCAUACCCCUCGCCCUCCUCCCUUCAUACCCCUCGCCCUCCUCCCUUCAUACCCCUCGCCCUCCUCCCUUCCCUCCCCACCACAGAAGCGCAUGCAGGAGUCCAUUCAGCAGCGGCGCCUGGGACAGCCCAUCGGGCAAACCAUCUUUGGCAAGUCGGUGGGUUCGGGGUUUUGGGUUUGGUGCCGAGGUUGGAGUGGGGGGGCUGCAUGCUGCAUGCGGUGUUGCCAGCAUCGGUGUUGCCAACAUCGGUGUUGCCAGGUGGAAAUAUGA